CACAAAACUGAUACUGACUGGCUCUCGCACGUGAGAUUGGAUUUCCGAAAAAAUUAUAUUAUUAUUGUAGAAUUUAAACUGCAUUUACUGGGUUACGACUUACGAGUUAAGAAAAAUAUCUCAAUUAGUUUUCAUUGCCUUUUCACACUUAUCAUUAUUAGUUGGUGAAACAGUCGUUUGGAUCGAAAGAGCUGUUUUCGUUUGUACCUUUUGGUUCCUUUCGAGUGUAGACGAAUUUUUUGUUACCGAGUAUACAUUUAUGCUGUUAGCUGUCAAUAAGUUAUUUUGUGAUCUGUACUGUUGGUGUCAUGUGGGGUUUCUGAAUUCUUAAUAUUUCCAAAGAAAUGGCCAAUAUCCAACUGUCAAUCAACCCCUCAGUGAAAGCAGCUAUUUUUGAAGCGCUGCAAGCUGGUGUUAGUGAAAAUACAGCCUUGAUUAAGGAGGCAGAAAUUUAUUUGAAAACUGUUGAGAGUACUCCUGUUUUCCACCUAACAUUGAUUGAAAUUAUCACAAACACUUCAGUUGAUGUAAAAGUGCGUUGGCUGGCUUCUGUGUACUUCAAAAAUGGGAUUGACAGAUAUUGGCGUAAAAAUACAUCCAAUUCAAUUCCUGAAGGUGAAAAAUCUGUUUUACGGCAGAAACUGAUUGGUCACAUACAUGAACCUGUCCUACAAGUUGCUACACAACUAGCCAUCAUCAUUUCUAAAAUUGCAAGAUAUGACUAUCCCAAGGAAUGGCCAGAAUUGCUGCCUUCCCUCUUGCAUCUUGUGAGAACUGAAGAUGAUUUGGUUCAACAAAGAGCCUUGCUGUACUUGCAUCAUGUGACAAAAUCUCUUGCCUCUAAAAGACUGGCAGGUGAUCGACGCGCGUUCCAGGAUCUGAGUUCCGAAAUGUACAGCUAUGUUUACGCCCUUUAUAGUCACCUGAGUCAAACGCUUCUGCAACAAAUGGAGGCGGGUAAUGCUGAAAUAGUUGGGGCUACGAUGGAGAAAGCAUUACUGUGUUUGCGCGUUAUGCGUAAAUUGACUGUUCAUGGUUUUAAGACACCUCAUCAAACCAAUACUGUUAUGGAAUUCGUUCAGAGUUUGUACGAGCGAAUUAAAAACCUUCUCCAAUACCGUCAAGUUGUUCUUUCCAAUGACACAUUGUUGGCGUUGUGCGAAAAAUAUUUGGUUGUUCAUUGCAAGGUUCUCCGGGAUCUCCUCGACUUCCAUCCUUUUUCCUUUGUCCCGUUUAUCCGUAUGACCGUAGAGUUCGUUCUUCACUAUUUGUUCCAACCAGAGAACCAAGUUCUACUCUUCGAUUCCUUUGUUGUGCAGUCCCUAAAUCUGGUGAAGGGCAUUGUACUUUGUGCCGAAUAUAGACCAGCAAAGGUUAUCGAAGAUACCAAAGAGCCUGCCACUCUUGAGGCCUAUCGCAUAAAGUCGGAAGUUUUUACACCUGAAUCACUCUCAUUGAUGUGCCGUCAAUUAAUUGAAAAUUAUUUGCUGCUGUCGCAAGAGGAUCUACAUGUCUGGGAAACAAAUCCGGAAGAAUUUGCCGCUGAAGAAGGUGGGGAAGCUUGGAAAUACAGUCUUCGGCCUUGUACGGGAUGUUUAUUUCUAAGUCUCUUCCACGAAUAUCAAUCGAUCUUGAGUCCCGUACUGAUUUCGAUGCUUAACGAGAGCAUGGGACUGAUACCACCAGAUGAUAUGAAUCGUAUAAUCAAGAAGGAUGCUCUUUACAAUGCUAUUGGACUUGCAGCCUUUGAAUUAUUCGAUGAGGUGGAUUUUGAUCGCUGGUUUAGUCAGGUUUUGUUGCAAGAACUUCGCGUUAAAGAGAAUAACUACCGUAUUCUACGACGAAGGGUGGUCUGGCUGUUGGGUCGUUGGAUUGGUGUUAAACUAUCGGUUGACCUCCGACCCUUGAUUUACGAGACGGUCCUUGGUUUAAUGGAACCCAGCGAAGAUCUUGUCAUUCGACUGUCUGCUGCUGUGACAUUACGAUCAGCUCUGGAUGACUUUGAGUUCAACGCCGAGCAAUUUCUUCCGUUUCUAGAACGCUCUUUCUCAUUGUUAUUCACUCUUUUGAAAGAGACUGAAGAAUGUGAAACCAAAAUGAAUGUGUUAAAUGUGAUGUCGCUUCUCAUCGAAUUACUGGGGAACCAAAUGAAGCCUUUUCUCGGUACGUUGCUGCAACUCCUUCCCGCUUUAUGGGAUGCUUCUGAGGAGCACAAUCUUCUACGGUGCGCUAUUAUUAGCACCCUCGUUCAUGUUGUUAAGGGAGUAGGAAGUAAUACUGAAGAUCUGCUUCAUUGUCUGCUACCAGUUGUGGCCUACAGUACUGACUCUGAGCAACCUGCCCAUGUAUAUUUGCUGGACGAUGCUUUAGCUUUGUGGCAGGCCAUGAUCGAAUCAUUGUCUCAGGCUAAUCCUCAAGUACUGCAGCUGUUGAACAAUAUGCCCCAGCUUCUAGAACUAGGAUCUGAAAAUCUCAUUAUAUGCUGCGAUAUUCUUAAGGCAUACAUAUAUUUGUGCCCUGAUGAAUUUUUUGCGAUGUACGGAUCUCGCAUCGUCAAUGUUCUAAUGGAACAAAUUGUCGACAUGCGUCCCGAAGGUGAAAUAAGAGUUAUGUCUGUGAUAGAGAGCAUGCUUGUUAAUCGUCCAGAAACCGCAGCAUCAAUCGUUUCUCCCAUUUUACCAUUCGUGGUUUCGAGCUUAUUGGAUGGAUCAAGCACAGCUUUGAUUAUCACCUCCUUCUUUUCGGCCAUAUCUCGGGUUGUGCUUGCUUCCAAGGAUAUUUUCUUCCAAGUAAUUGCAGAAGUUGCUCGAAGAGAAAAACAAACCCCUGAGUUUGUACUGGACAAGUUUAUGACUCUAUGGAUUGACAAAAUGUCCAGCGUUUUCGCAUUAGAAAAGAAGAAACUCCUGGCUAUUGCGUUGGCUUCCCUUUUGACUUGCCAAUCAGAUAUUAUUUUGGACAAAGUAUGUGGACUUUUUAUGCGCAUCUGUGAAACGAUCAAUGACAUAUUGCCACCGACUGAUUCCGGGGAAGAAAUCGAUCGAUUGGUGUACACCCCUGGACAUGUUCAAGCUGAUGAAGGAGAAGAGGAAGUUGACAAUGAGCACUUAAAAAGAUACAUUUCUACUCGUCGCUCCUUGGAUCCAGUUUUCACACUUCCGCUUCCUACAUACUUUCGCAGUCAGAUAUCGCAGUUGGAGGCACAAGUUGGUUCAUCCCGCUUUCAAGAAAUGACGCAGACAGUCGAUAAUGAAACUUUGGAAAUGAUGCGAAAUUUCCUCGGCUCUCAUCCUCGCAACAACCAAUUGUGAAAAUUCAGUCUUGUCUAUGUAUUCUUACACCAUCGAUAUCCUUGCAAACUACUCCCUUCCAUUUUUGAAGCUCUUAAAUUAGCAUUUCAGUAACCCAUCAUGAAUACAAAAGACUAUGUUACAUAUUGUUA